CGCCGCUGCCGCACCGCCGGCUCCAGAGCGGAGGGAGCAGCGCCCGCCGCCCGCGCUGCGGCUCGGUCGCGCCGGCCCCGCGGGCUCCCGCCGCCACCAUGCAGCCCCCCGCCCUCGGCAUCCUCCUGCUCAUCGCCUGCUUCGGCAGCGCUCGGGGAAACCUCUCCCGCGACGAGAGCCAGCCCACGACGUCGGACGAGACCGUGGUGGCCGGGGGCACAGUGGUGCUCAAGUGCCAGGUGGAGGAUCCCGAUGAUUCCUCGCUCCAGUGGUCCAACCCUGCCCAGCAGACCCUGUACUUUGGGGAAAAACGAGCCCUGCGGGAUAACAGGAUCCAGCUGGAGAGAUCCACCCCCAACGAGCUGACCAUCAGCAUCAGCGACGUGGUGCUGGCCGACGAGGGCGAGUACACCUGCUCCAUCUUCACCAUGCCCGUGAGGACGGCCAAGGCCCUGGUCACCGUGCUGGGGAUCCCCCAGAAGCCCCAAAUCUUCGGCCACGAGCAGCCCAUCGAUGAGGAGAAGGUGGCCCGGCUCAUCUGCCGCUCCUCCGGCAGCAAACCCGCGGCACAGCUGCGCUGGAGGAAGGGCAACAGGGAGCUCAAGGACUCGGGCACAGAGGUGGUGGAGGACCCCAAUGGCAAGACCUUCACAGUGACCAGCAGGGUGGAGUUCCGUGUCACCAAGGAGGACAACGAGGUCGAGGUCACCUGCACGGUGGACCACGAGUCCCUGCAGAACUCGGAGAGGUCAACCACGCAGAAGCUGCAGGUCCACUACAAACCAACAGCGAAGAUCGAGCCACACCCGCAGUACCCGCGGGAGGGGGAGAAGCUGCAGCUGCAGUGCGACGGGCAGGGCAACCCCAUCCCACAGGAAUUCCUCUGGGAGAAGGAGGGCAGCGAUGCUCCCCUGCAGCUCAGCUCCGAGAGCGUCCUCAUCUUCCCCUUCCUCAACAAGAGUGACAGUGGCACCUACGUGUGCACGGCCACCAGCUCCAUGGGCAGCGUGGUGGCCAAGUACAACCUGGACGUCAGUGAUCUUCCCCAGCUCCCCACCCCACACGUUCACUCCACUCCAGCCCCUCCGCCAGGCCCUUCCCAGCCCAUCUCUCAUGCUUCCAUGGCCUCCGCUCCAUCCUUCACUCCAGCUCUCAUCCAAGACGCCAGCCCGGUGCCCUCGACCUCCAGCACCUACCACGCGAUGAUCGGCGGGGUGGUGGCUGUCAUCGUCUUCCUGCUGCUCAGCCUCCUCAUCGUGCUGGGACAUUACCUGAUCAGGCACAAAGGUUUGUGCCCAGGCCCUGGGGACACGGUGCCACCCCGCCAUGGGCCACCCCCUGUGCUGAUGUGCACGUACCUGACCCACGAGGCCAAGGGCUCGGACGAUGCUCCGGACGCCGACACCGCCAUCAUCAACGCCGAGGGCGGCCAGGCCGGCGGCGACGACAAGAAGGAAUAUUUCAUCUAAAGGGGUCAGAGAGAGAGAGAGAGAGAGAGAGAGAAAAAUGGAGCCAAGAGAACCCCGAUGGCAACGGCAACCAGACCACAAACCCCACAAAACCCAACAGAUUUUCUCUGGCGCCCGGCACGGGCGGACGGACGGACAGAGGGAUGGCGGGACAGAGAGCAGGGAGAGCCACCGGCCUCGAAGCGCUGCCGACGCUUCUUGAACUUGUACAAAUCGUUCACUCCGACAGCGAGAGCCCCGGCCCCGUUUGCUUGCUUGCACCUCCAUCCCCACGCCCCGAACCCACAGAACCAACCCGUGAGUGAGCGACUUCUUCCUUCUUCCUUUGGACCUUUUUGCUUUGGUUUCGUGGCUGCUCUUUGCUUCGGGCCCUUGGUUGGGGUGUUGGGCUGGGGUCGAUGUAGCUCUUCCCUUUGUUUCUCUCCGUUUUGGUUUCUUUGAUAUCCAAGGAUAAAAUCAGCUCCGGGCUCCCGGGGCAAGUUUGGGACCUUGGGUGUCCCCGUUGUCACCCCCCCGGUGCCGGGGGUGGCUCCAGCUGGGAGCAGAGAGAGACCCUGCCCCGAUUUUAUCCUUGGUGGUUCUUGUGGAGCAGUGUCCAUGCGGGAGCAGAGCUGUCCUCGUGCAGUCAGUGUGUGAAAGGGGGUGAAAGUCCAGGGUGGGACCCCCGGAGAAGACCGGGAGCCCCCACAGCUCCCUGGUCCCACCCCAGCGGGAGGGGGGAGGGCUGAGGUUUAUUUUGGGGGGUCAAAUCCAGAGGAAAAGACCCUGAUUUUUUUUAUUUUUCCUAAAUUUUCUGAUUGGAAAUUCCAAUUUUAACCAUCUAUUGAGAUGUUCAGUGCAGGAGGCAGCGCCCCUGGGGCUGGGGCUGCUUCCUUGGGACCCCCCCGGAGCAGGGCUGGGGUCUUUCUGCCCCCCUUCCCCUUCCCAGGGCAGGGAUGAGCUUGGAAAGGGCUGAUUUUUCUCUUGGCUCUGAGAGCCCCAACCAACAGCGGCCAAAACAACCGGAUUUGGGAUCUGGGGAGUUCAGGGAUCCCCACAGAGGCUUGGGGGGGUUGGCUCAUCCUUCCUCCUUGCCCUUCCUCCUGCCUCUUUCACCAUCACUUCCAGAACAAAACCAAACACCUUUCCCAACCUCUCCAGCACAGCCCCAGCUUGGCCCCCCCAGGCAGGGGCUGCCCCCCACGGCAUCGUCAGGACACCCCCAGCCUUGGGAUGAGAUUUCCUGGGAUCCCACAUCCCGCUCUGGACACCGGGGGGUUGCAGGAGCUGCCCUUGGGUGGGCACCCCCCGUGGAUUUGGGGUGGGCUGGAGGAGGGGAGCCCUUUGGGAGGGAGGAGGGGAACCUCACCUGGGAGGUCACCCCAUGGAUUUGGGGUGGUCUGGAGGAGGGGAGCCCUUUGGGAGGGAGGAGAACCUCACCUGGGAGGUCACCCCACGGAUUUGGGGUGGUCUGGAGGAGGGGAGCCCUUUGGGAGGGAGAGGAACCUCACCUGGGAGGUCACCCCAUGGAUUUGGGGUGGUCUGGAGGAGGGGAGCCCUUUGGGAAAGGGAGGAACCUCACCUGGGAGGUCACCCCAUGGAUUUGGGGUGGUCUGGAGGACCAGGGGAGCCCUUUGGGAAGGGGGAGAACCUCACCUGGGAGGUCACCCCACGGAUUUGGGGUGGGCUGGAGGACCAGGGGUCCCUUCAGGAAGGAAUGAAAGUCCUCGGGGUGGGAAACCUCACCUGGGAGGUGCAGGAUGAAUUUUACCACCUCUUCCACGGGUCUGGAGGUGUCACCUCCCCUGAACCCUGCCAGCACCUGGCACUGGGUCACCUGUGGGGAGUGAGGUGAGCACAGGGGGCCCAGCUCAGAUGGGAGCCAGGGAUGGACGUUGGGGACACCGUGGAUGUCACCAGGCUCCUGUGGCUCAGCCGCGUGUCAGGAGCGCUGCUGGCACUGGGAGGCAGCAGGACACGGAGCCUUUGGGGUUUCCUCUGCUGGGUACAGCCAUUUUUGGGGUGUUUUUCCUCCAUUCCCACCCCUUGGAGUGGGGGACCCGGGCCUGGAGCCCCCAGGGCAGCUCUGAGCUGGGGUUGGGGGAUGAAUCCUGGGGUGCCAAGGCUGUCAGCGAGGUCCCCACAGCUGAGUCAUUCCUGCAAAUAAAAACAGCCAGAUUGUUCUGGAGUACAAUUCCAUCUCCCUGGGGGCUGGAGGGAUCCCAGGCAGAGCCCCAGCACCAGGAGCUGCGAGGGGAGUGGGGUAAGUGGGGCAGGGAGGUGAGAGCUGACAGGGACAGGGAGGGUUUUCCCUCUUGGAAUUCAGUUUCUCCUUGGUUCCACUGCUCCAGAGCUGCUCCAAGGGCCGGGGCCAGGGAGAACAGCCUGGAUUUGGUGUUUUUGAGCUCGGAUUUGGUGGUUUUGAGGUGCCACGUGGUGUGGGGUGUGGCAGGACAGCCCAGGGAGCAGCGGGCACAGGCAGGGACCUGUGAAGGAUGGGCCUGGUGUCACCUGGGGGGGCCUGGGGACCUGCUGAGGUCACAGAGAGAGGCUGGGAGGGGUCAGAGAAUCCAUCUGAGGCCACUUGUGCCAGCAGGAGCCGAAGGGUUUGGUGGAGGUGGGAGCAGCAGAGGAGAUUUGGUGUCACAGCCGGGGGUGACAGGAACACCAGGACACAGCGGUGUGAACGGGGACAGGCUGGGGGUGACAGGGACCCUCCCAACUCGGGAGGAUUCCAGCUGGAAGCUGUGACUGGGACACUCCACGUCACGAUGGAGGAGCCACCAGGCGAGAGCGAGUCCCUGGUGGCCCCGUCUGGGGCGGGGUGAGGUGGGAAAGGCCCUUUUGGGGUCACCAUAUGGAGGUGACACACACACACCCCGUGUCACAGGUGGGCACAGGAGCAGGUUCUGGCUGGCCUGGGGGUGUCCAGGUGAUGUGGGGGUGACAGGGUGGGGUGUGACCCCUGGCCUUGUCCCCUUGGGGGGGGGGUUGGUGACACCGCGUCGUAGCUCCAGGAGGUGCCACCGGUGAGGGCGUGACACCCAGAGCGUGUCACCGUGUCUGGGAGAGCCCAAGGCCACCACCCCAUCCUGGGGUCCUCGUUGGUGGCCCCACGUCCACCCACGGGGGUUGGGCCGGGAGAAUCCGAACUGGGCGAGGAGGAUCCCGGGAGGAUUGGGGAGCCCCGGUGGCAGCCGGGCCCCGGGAGGCUGCGGCCGCUUCCCGGCGGGCACUGAACUCUCAAUAGACACGAAAGCCAUAUUUUGGGGAGCUCUGGAGAGGCCGGGGGGCAGAGGCUGGGCUGUGUUGUUGUGCUGUGUUUUUGUCUGUACAUAAAGGGAGCCAACGACCGUCGAUGUGACUUUAUAACCUUUCUAAUAUCCUGUGCUAAUCUCGGAAAAUAAUCCUAUAAAUAUAUCUGGAUUACACACGUUA